GACUUUUCUAAAAUGUGCAAUUCAAAUCAGGAAUAUUACUUGAGGCUCGAAGAGUUGAAGAAUGCCCAUUUGGAGACCAUGGCAAAAUUAGAAAAGAUGUAUCGGAGUAAACUGUAUUUAAAAGGGGUACAACCCUUGAACAAAGAAAAUGCUGCUUCCAGUGUCAGCUGUAGGCCAACGUGGGAGAAGAACUCCUAUCAGCCUCUAAAUUUGCACAAAUCCUUUUCCGACUCUGACUUAAGUGAUCCCUUAGGCUCAGGUAUAUCUGAUGAGACUGAGAGAGAAUUACCGUUUGAAGAAAAUGGUAGUGAAACUGGAUCAUCUGCUAAGCAAAGGAUUGAAAAAAUGUGGGAUGGGUUCUCUGUGGAAGACUACAUGUCCCGCAUCAAACACAGCUUACCAAGCUCACCAGCCUUCAAAAUCAAAAAGAAGAAAAAGAAAGCAUGGUCUCCCAAAGUUACUGUGCCCAAGCCUUUCCAGAUGACAAUCAGAGAAGCUAGAAAAAAAGAACUGAAAGUCAAAUCAAAGUCACUGAUGGAAAUAGAAAGUAACUUAUUGAAAAAGCAACUAGAGGAAGAAGCUGAGUGUCAGAAAAAAUUCCGAGCCAAUCCAGUGCCCGCUGCUGUUUUCCUUCCGCUCUACCAUGAAAUCAUGCAACGAGAUGAAGAACGCAGGAGGUCUGUGAAAGAGAGAAGCAAACUCAAGCUCUUGGCUUCUCAGAAGCCAUUUAAGUUCACUGAACGAGAGAAGCAAAGGAGUGAAAUUAGAAAAAUGCAAUUAAGAGACCUUUCCAUACCUGAAAAGAAAACAAAACUGUUCAAAGCAAGGCCUGUUCCUAAAUGUGUUUAUAGUCCAGCUGUUAGUGACAAGCUGAAGGAGGAAGAGCUCUACAGAGAAAUCAGGAUCAGAAUGAGAGCUGAGGAGAUGCUUCGUAAUUCAUCUCUACCCAACAGCAGACUGGCUUUAAAAGUUAGCAAUAAAAAGGAGAAACAUAAGUGCAUUGAACCAAAGGAAAGAGAACAUAAACCCAAGAUCAAACCAAAUGUUCCAGAUUUUGAUCUUCUACACCAGAAAUUUCAGGAACAGCUCCUGCAACAAAAACAAGUGAAACACCUUACAGUCUGUGAACCUUUCGAUCUUCGUACUCCAUAUAUUCCCUCAAACAAGGGAAAGAUUUUGAAGGACAUUGAGGAGGAUGAGCGGAAGCUGAAAGAAACACGCUGGCCAUAUGCCUCUCCAAGACGUACUCCUCAAAUGAGACAUUCAAGUGCAAAUUCACAUCUCUCAGGUUUUGGAGCAUCUAAAUUGCCCAAAAUCACAGAAUCUACAAGACGACGGCUACAAGCCGUAAGGAAUUCACUUGAGGAAAAGAGAAAACUGGAAGAACAACAAAAAAGGAACAGAACAAAACAGAAACAAAGAACGAAAAAACUUCGGAAAAUUGUAACAACUCGGGCUGAGGCCAAUGACCCACAUCAGAGCCUAGCUCAAGUAUCUAAAUCCAAAUUAAAAACAUUCAGGAAUUAUGAGAAGCAGAGAAUGCAAGAAUAUUUGCAGGAGUUGCAAGACAUGGAAGAAAGAGUAAAUCAAAGGCCAUUGCUUCUUGAAAGAGUCACUCAGAAAAAUGCCAGAAUAGCUGCAGAAAAGCAUUAUUCUAACAGACUGAGAGCAUUGGGGAUAUGCCCAGAGUUUAUUUCAAAGAAAGGACAAACAACUAAAUUGCUACAGUUCUCCAGUGCUGAAAAUUUUAAUAACGUCACUGAUGCCAGAGAAAGAGUCAUCAAGGAUAUAAUGAAAGCAAUUGAAUCUUUUGAGGAAGCAGCUGACAGUAGUCCUCAGUAUGAGCUGUCCUGUGAGGAGGAGGAGGAGGAGGGAGAGAAGAGGAAAGGUGUCAAUACCUCCCUGCAGGAUGGCCAGUCCAGUGACCUGGAGGAGGAGGAAGAGGCAAGAGCCAGCCCUCAGCCUUGCCAUGCAGGGGAGUCUGGGUUGAGCCUUGCCUCUAACCAGCACCAUAAAGAGAAAGAGGAUGAAGAGGAAGCAAAGGCAGGCCAUUCCCAGGAGAAAAAGGAGGAUAGUGAUAAGUCAAGAGCUAACUCUUUGUCUGACCGGUCCCACAAGAAUGAAGAAGAGAGUCAGUCUGACCCUGAAGCUGAAGAUGCCUUCAAAUAUGAAGAUGAGGAAUAUGAAAAUUAUGAUUCAGAAGAAAAAUCCAAUGAUGAUGAUGAUGAUACUGACUGA